AGAGCGCGGCGUCACGGUCGACAACACCCGCAAGGCGUCCAAGCUGUACGUGGCCUCCGUCUCCCGAAGCGACGAAGGCAACUACACCUGCAUGCCCUCCAACGCCUCCCCCGCCUCCGUCUCCGUCACCUCGUACAAAAGGAGAACCCUGCUGGACUUCAACAAGAGACAAAUACGGAGAAGGAGUCCUCUCCUUCCUCUUCCUCCUCAUCUGCAUCCUCCUCUUCCUCCUCGUCAUCGUCAUCGUCAUCGUCAUCGUCAUCAUCCUCCGCCUCCUCAUCCAACAGCAGCAGCGGGGCGCCCGAGAGCACAGCCGCCCUGUCGCUGUUCCUUCUGCCGAUCUCCCUCCCCGCGCUGGUGCCGUGGUUCUUCCGGCGGCUCUGGAGAUGAUGUGCAGGCGCGCAGGCGCACGCGGGGCGUGCAGGGUGACUCGUUGUUGCUCCUUCGUUCAACCGGUGACAGAGGAUUCGGGACUCGUGAGAGAAGGUCCUUUUAUUGGGUUAUUCAUACAUAUAUACAUAUACAUAUAUAUUUGACAACAGGAAGAGGGUAAAAAUUUAGAGGUUUAUAUUUGUAAUUUAUGUGUAAACAAAUGUAUUUUCAUGUGAACACCUAUAAUGGAAGAAAUAUCAUUAGUUUUAUUGUUGAUGUUUACUCCCGUAUUAUCCCCAAACUCCAAUAAAAAGAAAACAGUGGAUUCCCUACAGAGUAUCACAUCCGCCGAACCAAGUGGUUUAUGUCAUCCAAAAAACAUAUACAUAUAUCUAAAUAAAAAAACAGUGUGUUCCUAAAUGUGUAAAUAUUAAAACUCCAUCAGGUGUCAUAGAACAUUACGUGUAUACCUCUCUUCGUCGUUAUACUCUGUACAUAAUCUCUAUAACCUAACCGUAGGUGCUGUGUGUAGUAUACUGUAGCUGGACUAGAAGGCUCAACAAUAACUUCAUCAAUUUUACGAAGUGACGAGAUAAAGAUACUUAAACUUGAAAAAAAAAAUCCCAAAAUCUGUUCUGUUCGAGUGAGUUCUUGAGAAUGUUUCUCCGCAGUUCGUGUUCGGCGAUUGUUCAGAGGCCGAGCGAAGUGUUCAGCGAGUGUUCAAAGUGUCACUUGGUGUCGCCUGGACUUGUGAAUGCCCUGUCGUGUCAGCUGUUCAUAUCAUCUCAUAUCAGUAUAAACUCCGUGUGUGUCAGAAGCCAGCGUGGAAGCGUGUAAAGAUUCAGAAACUGUAUUUAUACUUUGAUGUGAUGUUUCAAAAAAAAUAAAAUAUAUGACUAAAAAAAAUCUUUGAAAAUUUUGUCGGAAGAUCUUUUUUCACUGGAGAGCUAGAAGUAUUUUGUUGUUGAGAUUUUCUGCAAUAAAGGCGAGGAUUGGC